CUACAAAUGGGGAUGCAGUGAAAAGAGUUUUGAAAAGUUUUGCAGAUGACGAAGAAACUCACACAAGGGGAAUAAUCAUUUAUGACUUAAAUGGCGGAAGAACUGUUACAGGGAAACAAUGAAAAACUCACCUCGCAUCUUACAAAGCCUCUGCUGGCAGUGGCUUUCCUGGCCUCAUUUGGCAGCUCUAUGCUCUAUGGCUAUAACUUGGCCGUUGUCAACUCUCCUGCAAAGUACAUCAAAGACUUCUACAAUGAGACAUUAUUAGAAAGUCAUGGCUUGACUCCGGAUGGGCAUCUUCUUACCGUCUUGUACUCUCUUACUGUGUCAAUCUUUGCCAUUGGUGGAAUGACCGGAGCACUGCUGGUGAGCAGACUAGUUACCAAAUAUGGAAGGAAAGGGACUCUGGUGAGAUCCACCGCACUUGUUUUUAUGGGCGGAGCUCUGAUGGGCUUGAGCAGAUGGUGCAGAAUUCCUGAGAUGGUCAUCAUUGGGCGUUUCAUCACAGGAGUACAUUCAGGGAUUUCUCUCAGUGUGGUGCCGAUGUACCUCAGUGAGAUCGCCCCUAAGAGUUUGCGAGGCUUCCUGGGCCUUGUUCCCAGCAUUCACAUUUGUCUUGGAGUUUUCAUCGCUCAGGUCCUGGGGCUCUCGGAGAUACUGGGAAAGGAAGAGCACUGGCCUCUGCUUUUGUCUCUUGUGGCGGUUCCUACCAUGGUCCAGCUGAUACUGUUGCCAUGGUUUCCAGAGAGUCCACGAUAUCUGCUAAUAGAGAGAGGAGAUGUGCAUGCCACCAUUGCAGCCCUAAAGUGGUUCCGUACUAAAGGAAACAUUCAGGCUGAGGUUGAAGAGAUGCAGGAGGAGCAACGCUCUUUGUCCUCCAUGCAGACCCUCUCUGUCUGCAGCCUCCUCAUGGACAGCUGCGUCCGCUGGCAGGUCCUCACUGUUGCGGUGGUCAACAUCGGCAUGCAGCUGUCUGGGAUUGAUGCCAUCUGGUUCUAUACAAAUGAUAUUUUUAGGAAUGCAGGAAUCGCUGACCCUUAUAUUCAGUACACAACAGUGGGAACUGGGGCCAUUGAGGUCAUCUCAGGGAUGCUGGGGUGUUUCACUAUUGAGCGUCUGGGCAGAAGACCACUGAUGAUUGGUGGUUUCCUUUUUAUGGGACUGUGCUGUGCCGGAAUCACUGUGUCUGUCCUCUUCCAGCCGCAGUUGUCCUACAUGCGCUACAUCAGUGUGGGCUGUGUUAUUGGGAUUAUUGCUGGCUUCUGCAUAGGUCCAGCGGGUGUGCCUUUCCUGAUCACUGCGGAGCUGUUUAAGCAGUCUCAUCGACCGGCUGCGUACACCGUGGCUGGUUGCCUCAACUGGAUGUCCAACUUCACCAUUGGUUUUGUCUUUCCCUUCUUAGAGAUUGCUACAGGUCCUUUCUGUUACCUGAUCUUCUGUGUGGUCUGCUUGGGAGUGGCUAUCUACACUUUCUUCAUCAUUCCAGAGACCAAGAACAAAACUUUCUUGGAGAUCAGCCAGAUGUUUGCCACCAAGAAUGAGAUCUGUGAAGAAGAGCUGUAUCCAAAUAGUGAACUAAAAAUGGCUCUGAUGAACGGCUAUGGAACCCUCGACUUCCAUGACAAAAAAUAGGAAUUCAGCCAGUUGAAUAGGAGCUCAACCAACACUGUCAGUGAUACAGACGAGGAACUGUCAGAUCAGCUGCUUCGUGCAAAUUGUCACUGCAUACAGUUAUGGUCAGAAGUUUACAUACUCAUCAUGGGCAUGAAUGUCAUGGUAAUUUUGGACUUUUAAUGACUCCUUUGAAUUGUUCUUUUUUUAAGGUUGGAAUGAUUGUAUGGCAAACAUUUUUAAUGCUUUUAGAAAAUAUGAACUGGGGACACAGUUGUGAAUUCAUGUUGUAUUUUUUAAAAUCCACUCAGAAUUAAAAGUAUGCAUACAGACUCAUAAAUAUACAUAUAUCCCCACUAAUAUUUGAUUAAACGUCCUUUAGUGGGUUGGACCUUUUGUAGAUGCCUUUGGUAACCAGAAUUAUGCUUCUGUCAUAACUCCUACUGGACAUUUGAUCUUUCUUCUUGUGUGGUAGAUUUAAUUUAAACUGGUUUCUUGAUGUGGUAAUGGCUUUUAACCAUAGUCUAUGGAGGAGGUGGGGGCUUUGGGAAGGCUAUUCCAGAAGCUUAAUGUUAGCGUCCUGUAUCCAUUCCAAAACCAGUUUUAAUGUAUGUUUGGGAUCAUUGUCCUGUUGAAACACCCAACUGUAUCAAAGUUUUCACUGAAGAAUUUGACAGUAGUUCUUCAUUAUCCCGUCCACUUUGUGCAAGGUACCAGUACUACUGACAGCAAAACAGCUUCUGAGCAUGAUGCUACCACCACCACACUUACAGUUGGUGAAGUGUUCUUAGACUUUGAAAGCCUCACCUUUGCUCCUCCAAGCACACCUCUUUUGGCCAAAUUGCUCAGUCUUUGUCUAAUCUAGCCAUAAAACUUUUCUCCAGAAGGCAUUUGGCUUGUCCGUGUAGGCAGCUACAUAUUUUAAUCGAGCUUGAAGGUGUCAGUUUUGGAUCAUCUCCAAAUUCCUUUGACUUUGCCGUUGUUCUGAAUAUCGGUCAAUCCAAUGAAUGCUGUCAAACAAAUCCUUUUUAUAGUGGCGAAGAGAAACUCCCAGCUGUAGUCGAUCAUGAUCACUAACAAGAAGUUAACAGACCUUGGCCUUGUCAAGUUCAGAGAUCACAGCACAAACACAUCCUCUUCCAAAUACACAUGCAUGCAAACUUUAUAUAGAGUAAUUAGUUAGUAUACCGCUGAAGAAUCUUGUAUAGUAGCUGCACAAGAUUGCUCAGUCAAUUUUUAAUGCUUUAUCAUUUACAAGACACAAAAAUACAUCUGACCCUGAAUUUCUUUUGUCCGUUUGUUCUUUGUUUUUUGCCUAUAAUA